AUGUCCCCUCAAAGUUCGGUCCCCGCCAACAGCAAGGGCUCAUGGACAAGCUUCCUUAAGUCAAUCGCCUCCUUCAACGGUGAUCUAUCCUCCUUGACUGCUCCACCUUUUAUCUUGUCGACUACCUCCCUCACCGAAUACUCGGCCUACUGGGCUGAGCACCCUGCCGUCUUCGUCGCUCCAGCCAAGGAGGCCGACCCCGCGAAGCGUGCCCUCUUGGUUCUCAAGUGGUUCCUGAGUACUCUCCACCAGCAAUACUGCAGCCGUAGUGAAAAGCUUGGCAGUGAGAAGAAGCCCCUCAACCCUUUCCUGGGAGAGCUGUUCAUCGGAAAAUGGGAGGGUGACGCGGAGGUGGGCGAGACCAAACUCGUCAGUGAACAAGUCAGCCACCACCCCCCGGCUACCGCCUACGCCAUCAGCAACGAGAAGAAUGGCGUUGAGCUCCAAGGAUAUAACGCACAGAAGGCCUCCUUCUCAAGCACCAUUCUCGUGAAGCAAAUUGGUCAUGCUCUAUACACACUCACUCCACCCGGAUCCACCGACAAGGAGCAGUACCUAAUCACGCUCCCCAACCUCCACAUCGAAUCUCUGAUCUACGGUUCACCCUUUGUUGAACUCGAGAAGUCCGCCAAGAUCGUCAGCAGCAGCGGCUACACUUCCAAGAUCGACUUCUCCGGCAAGGGCUGGUUGAGCGGAAAGAAGAACACCUUCACCGCCAGCCUGUACAAGGAAAGUGAAGGCGAGAAGAAGCCCCUGUACACAGUCGACGGCCAAUGGUCAGACAAGUUCACCAUCAAGGACGCCCGCACCAAGGACGCCGUCGACAGCUGGAACUCCAAGGAGAACCCCGUCACCCCCCUCACCUUGGCUCCUCUUGAGCAGCAGGAUCUGUGGGAGAGCCGACGUGCCUGGAGUGACGUGGCCGCCAACAUCCAAAAGGGCGACAUGGACGCGGUAUCCGGGUACAAGUCCCGGAUUGAAAACGCGCAGCGUGAGCUCCGCACUGCCGAGAAGAAAGAGGGUCGCGAGUGGGAGCGUCGCUUCUUCAACCGAAUUGAUGAGAGCGGGGAUGAUGCGCAGACUCAGAAGCUGGCUAAGACUGCUGAUCUCGCCUUCGAGACUGAUAAGACUGGUGGUAUUUGGCGCUUCGAUGCUCAGAAGGCUGCGGGUGCUCAGCCGCCCUACCACAAGGUUGGCGGCGAGGGACUCGGUCUGACUGAGUAA